GUGGACGUGACAGAACGCACACACCCCACGCACACACUCCGCACGCACACACGCACACACGCAACAUGACAUCCCCGGCAGCAGUAAUACCAAUGGCAACAGGCUGACGAAGGGACCAUGGCGAAGACGAAGGUGGGGCCCGUCAGACACAACCGACGGGCCCGGACAAACAACAACGGCAACGGCAUCAACAACAACAACAACAGCAAGAAGCACAUGCAGAAUGGACUCUACGUGCACUCCUCGCCGCCUAUGGCCCUCAAGUCAGACCGCGUCGUGGAGUCAGCCCGCAUCAAGGAGCUGGUCAGAAGCGGAGAUGUGGCUGGCCUGGAGACGCUGGUGCUGGAGGGGCAGGGGGGGCGGCUUCUCAACCAGCCUGCCAUCCACCCGAGGGUCAGAGCUUUCCUUAAGACGGUGCCCUCCUUUAUGUCCAAGAUCGAGCUGGUUCACGACGCGGCCAGUAGGGGAAACCUGAGGGAGCUGAAGGCGCUGCUGGAUAGACGGAAACUCGCCCACUCCAAGGAUGAACAGGGCAUGGGCGUGCUUCACAAGGCGGUGCUGAAGGGCCACACAGACGUCGUGGACUACCUCAUCACGGAGUACCCGGAGUCCCUGGAGGUCACCGAUCACAAGGGCCGCACCCCCGUCCACUACUGCGCCGCCAGCAAGUCACCUGACGAGAUGUACAAAACGCUAAUUGAGGCCGUGGGAGAUGCGCAGGUAGAGGACGAGUUCGGCAACACACCUGAGCACUACAUGUCAAACCCCGAGGACAUUAGGAGUCUGAGGAAGCUAGGCGUAGGAUCGAGCAAGAAGAGCAGCGGAGGAUCGAAGGGCAAGCGUAGGACUCCCCCGAAAAGGAUAUCACCCAUGGGCAAGAUUUCGACCCCACCUAAACGGGAAGGCAUGAACAUCACAGGAGCGAACAUCAGAAUCUGGAUACACGACCAGGAUCUCGCUAAGCUGGAACAGAUCGUUUGGGAAGGCGAGGGGAACCGCCUGCUGCAGGAGACAUCGAACCACCCGAGAGUGAGACAGUUCCUGAAUCUCGUGCCCCGACUGAUGACCAAGAUCAAGGAGGUUCACCAGGCCGCUCUCAACGAUGACCUGGAGACCCUGGACGCGAAGGUGGAGCAGCCGGAGAUCCUCGUGGCAAAGGAUCAGAAAGGACUCAACCCUCUUCAUAAGGCGGCGGCGCUGGGCAACAUGGAGGUGGUGAACUGGAUAAUACAGAGAAAUCAGUCCACGGUGUUCGGCCAAGACAAGGAAGGCCGCACACCGCUCUUCUACUCCGCCGUGGCCAAGGACGGAGGGGAAGUCUUCAGUCUGUUGCUACGAAACGGCGCUGACCCCCAACACGUGGAUAAGCACCGCAAGACAGCCGAGCACUACCGGUUCAAGCCCAGUGACCUUGACCUCUCGUUAAUCCACGAGUCCCCGUCAGCCCCGAGGUCAGGCGGUCCCACCCUGGACAUCCCCCCGGGCGCCUCCAGAGCCCCGUCAAAUCAACCUUCCCGCGCACCCUCCAGGAACUACAGGUCAAGGAACCCCAGUCGAAGGAACUCUCUGGGUGACCUCAAGAAGGGCCAAGGACGCGACAAGACCAAAGGAUACGGCAAGGGGGAAUCAUUGAACUUACGUGACCUGCGGGACGCCACCAAUGAGGAGAUUGACCUGAGCGUGCGUGAGGGUGACCUGAUGACCUUGGAGGACCUGGUGCUGUCGGGCCGCGGGAAUGACCUCAAAGGAAAGGCGGCGUGGAACGAGGACACCCGCAGGUUCCUCAAGAGAGUCCCGAUGUAUAUGGAAAAGAUUGACGGGGUUCACGAGGCGGCGGGUAAGGGGGACACUCACGCCCUCAAGAGACUGACCAAGGACAACCCCCGCCUGGCGCUGUCCCGGGGCGUGGAUGGAGCCCUGCCCCUACACAUGGCCGCCGCCGCCUCCAGUACCCAGACCUGCAAGCACCUACUCAACUUGUACCCACCUGCGCUUCACAUUCAAGACCAGAACGGCAAGACGCCCCUUCACUACGCCGGCCUGUCCACGCAGCCGGGGGCGCGGGGCACGUAUGAAAUGCUGGUGCGGGAGGGGGCGAGCGCGGCGCAGGAGGACCAGGACGGCAACACACCAGAAGACUACCGAGAGAGCGUCCGCGAAGCCGCCAAAAACAAACGACGAAAAUCACGCGGAGAGGCAGUAGUAGGCGGGGCAGCAGUGGCAGCAGGAGGCGCAGCACUAGCAGGAGCAGCAGCAUCCAGGGGGCCAUCUCGAUCUCAGUCCAGAGGGAGAAAUGAAGAUGCUGAAGAUGCUGGUGGUGAUGAUGAUGGCGAUGAGGAGGUGGCGAGGGCGAUAAAGGCUGCUGAGGAGGAUGACGAUUAUAGUCUCCUGACGGCCCUGGUUUUGGGAGGUCAAGGCGAUAAGCUGAAGGGCAGGAAGUCGAAGAAUGAUGAGGUGAAUGAGUUCCUGCAGCAGAUUCCGGGACAGAUGGAGAGCCUCAAGGAGCUCCACGCCGCGGCUGAGGCGGGCGACACCAGGCGGGUCAUGGGGCUGCUGGACUCCCGCAAGAAAGCCACCUUCACGGACCGCAACCGCUCCAACAUCCUGCACAAGGCCGUCCUGCACGAGCACACAGGCCCGCUGUACUUCGCGCUGAGGGAGGCGGGCGCUGACACCUCCGCUCCUGACGACGACGGCUACACACCUGAAGACUACCUAGGCGACCCUGACCUGCUCUCGGAAGACACACUGAAGGGGCAACUGUCGGAGGGGCUUGCUGACGGAGGCGCAGAAGGAGGAGGAGGAGGAGGAGGAGGAGGAGACAGCAGAGGGCGACCUUAUACAAUGGGCAGCGAGGGUAGACAGGUGUUGAUGCAUGAAGCGCCCAGCCCCGCCCCGCCCCCCCUGACCGUCUGGCCGACAGCCCUCAGUUACUACGGGGGGGAGGAGGAGGGAAUGGAGCGGCUGGCGGGGCCAGAGCUCGAGGCGCUGGAGCACGCCUACGCCAGGCUGCGCGCCGCCCAGAGCCGCUCGCUGCUCAAGAAGCACCUCACGCCCAAGGUGUUCCAGCGCCUCAAGCACCGCACCACCACCGCCGGCGCCUCGCUGCUCGACGUCAUCCAGUCCGGCGUGGCCAACCUGGACUCCGGCGUGGGCCUCUACGCGCCCGACGCCGAGGCCUACACGCUCUUCAGGGACCUCUUCGAGCCCGUCAUCGAGGAGUACCACGGCCUGGCGCCGGGCGAGAUGCACCCCGGCAUCAACAUGGGCUCGCCCGACGCCCUCGGGGACCUCAACGAGUGGGGCCCCUACGUGGUGUCCACCAGGGUGCGCUGCGCCCGCUCCCUGGAGGCCUACCCGCUCAACCCGCUCAUGACGCUGGAGCACUACGUGGAGCUGGAGCAGGACGCCGAGCGGGCCCUCGAGUACCUGGAGGGCGACCUGGCCGGCACCUACUACCCGCUGGGCAGCCUCUCACCACAGCAGCAGCAGGAACUGCUGGACGCCCACCUGCUGUUCAAGCAGGGUGACCGCUUCCUGGAGGCGGCGGGCGCGUGCCGCUUCUGGCCCGAGGGCCGCGGCAUCUUCCUCAACCCAGAGCGCACGCUGGCGGUGUGGGUCAACGAGGAGGACCACCUGCGCAUCAUCUCCAUUGAGGACGGCGGUGACCUGGGCCGCGUCUACGGCCGCUUCAUGCGCGCCCUCGCCGCCCUGUCAGCGCGCCUCCACUUCUCCGUGUCACCGCGCCUCGGCUUCCUCAACUUCUGCCCCACCAACCUGGGCACCGCCAUCCGUGCCUCCGUCCACGUCCGCCUGCCCGAGCUGGGCCGCGACCGCCGCCGCCUGGAGGACGCCGCCGCCCAAUACCACCUGCAGGUCCGCGGCACCUCAGGCGAGCACUCCGAGGCCGAGGACUCCGUCUUCGACAUCUCCAACCGCCGCCGCCUCGGCCUGACGGAGAUCGAGGCGCUGGAGGAGAUGUACGACGGCGUGACGGAGAUCAUCCUGCUGGAGCGGAGCCUGGAGCACUAGUGGCGGCGCCCUCGGCACCCCACGCGCGGCGGCCGGGCGUAUCCCAACGAAGGCGUGUGAGGCCCAAGGCUUCGGCGGCGCCCCUGAGCAGUACACACACGCCACACCCACACGGUCGUCUCCGCGACACAACACCUGGACCAACCCGCGGCCCCUGACGCGGCACACACCCAGACACACGCUGCCCCCUGCAGACUACCCUCGCCACAAGACUCCUGACCCGCCAGGCCCUCACCCACACAACAACAACAACAACAACAACAACAACAACAACAAUAACCAGUCAGGGCAGCCAUGUUACAUAAAACGGUAAAUUAACAAAACCAACGGAAACAAAUCACUUUGAAUGAACUAACAAAAAAAAUAAUAGAAAAAAACACUCCGGAACAAAACAAUCAGUGAAGCAAACAAAAGUGGAGACGACUGUUGCAUUAAAGAAAAAGAAGUACAAGCUUGAUUAUGAACUGUGCUCUCUCUCUCUCUCUCUCUCUCUCUCUCUCUCUCUCUCUCUCUCUCUCUCUCUCUCUCUCUCUCUCUCUCUCUCUCUCUCUCUCAGCCGCACCUAUGUAGAAAUGUAGAGCAGCCAUAGACUAAGUACAAUCAUUACUAUAAUCAUUACUAUUAUUAUUACUAGUAUUACCCACACCGUUAGUUAAGGAGCCUCAGCACUGACACAAAGGCACAUGAACCAAUACCUGUAGUGCACCUUUGGCCUGUCGGGAAGGGAGGGGACAGGUGUGAUAAGAGAAGGCAGGUAGAAGUAGGUAGAGUGAGUGGGUGACUGUCGAGAGUGAAAGGGAGUGAAAGUUGUGAAUACCUCUAAAAACAAUCCUGGAAUCAACCCUUCUAGGUGUUAAUUUUUGCCUGAUUGUAUAUGAGGAGAGAAAAGGUCAAGAGUGUGACGGUAUGGCCAGUUGAUAGGAAUAUAGGAGCGGCGAGUAGCGGGCUUUUUUUUUUGUACUCUUUUUAUUGCCCUUGAGCCGUGUCCUCUGAUAUAAAAAAAAUGGUUAAGGUAUAUAUGUGACGGAACGAAAAGGCGAGGAAUGAAGAUGAUGACUAUUGGGGUGUUUGGUCCUGAAAGAAAAGGUCAAGAGUGAGACGGUAUGGCCAGUUAAUAGGUCCAUGGUUAAGAUAUAUAUGUGAAGGAACGAAAAGGCGAGGAAUGAGGAUGAUGAUGAUGAUUGAGGCGUUUGGUUCUGGCGUCGCAACUGCAGGGUCACGUGGCGCCAAGAGGACUGAGGAAGUAAGGGAGAAAACUGUUGAAUGAGGUACAGAGAGAGGAAUGCAAAUUGAGAUGGCAUGACAGGAGUGAGUUUUAAUAAGAGAAUCACAGAAGGAUGAAGCGGAUAAUAACAGGCAUAUGAAUUACAAUAUAGGAAAGCAAACUGAGAUUACAUGACAGGAAUGAGGAAGUGAGGGAAAAAAAUGUGAAAUGAGAUCCAGAGAGAGGAAUGCAAAUUGAGAUGGCAUGACAGGAGUAAGUUUUAAUAAGAGAAUCACGGACGACAGAAGUGGAUAAUUACAGGCAUAUGAAUUACAAUAUAGGAAAGCAAACUGAGAUUACAUGACAGGAAUGAGGAAGUGAGGGAAAAAAAUGUGAAAUGAGGUACGGAGAGAGGAAUGCAAAUUGAGAUAGCAUGACAGGAGUGAGUUUUAAUAAGAGAAUCACGGAAGACAGAAGUGGAUAAUAACAGGUAUAUGAAUUACAAGAGCGAAAAGCGAACUGAGAUAACAUGACAGGACUGAGGAGUGAUUAAUUACGGGAGAGAUGAAGAAUAAGCAGAGGAAAGCGUCAUAGUAAUAGUAGGAAGAAGAGAGCAGGAAAGAGUUUAAGAGAAGCAGGAAUGACCCAGAGGAGAGAUAACGAAACAUGGCUGGAGACUUCCGUAGGUUUCUGACAAGUGCCUCAAGAAAGUAAAUGAAACACGGCUAUAGAUUUCCGUAGACUUUUUGCAGCUAAGAGAAGAGGAUAGGAAGAGACAUGACAACUGAUAGAAAGGAAGUGGAAGGAGUUAACAAAAGAGAAUGAAUACUAGAAUGAAUGAAAGACUAUCUGAAUAAGAGAAAGAGAUAUUAGGUUAAUGGACUAACAAAGCGAAGAAUGAAAAGGAGAAUGAAAAGGAGAAUUAAUGAAAGACUAAUUGAGUAAGUGCUGUUAAGAGAUAAGGAUAGAUUGUGCUUUUAACCUGAUGAUGAUGAUAAUGAUGAUAGUGAUGAUGAUUGUUAAAGAUAAGUUAUAAAAAUGUGAGCGUCUAGCCCGUGUGUGUGUGUGUGUGUGUGUGUGUGUGUGUGUGUGUGUGUGUGUGUGUGUGUGUGUGUGUGUGUGUGUGUGUGCAUUUGGUCAACAAUACACAGAACUCUCCUAGUAUUUACGCGUUUCUUUGUCCCUCACGCACACACACACACACACACACACACACACACACACACACACACACACACACACACACACACACACACACACACACGACGACGACAAAAAAAAAUAUAAUAGCCUUGUCAAGAUAUAAAGUAUGUAGCCGUGACAAGUGUGCAAAAAGAGACACGUAGCCACUUAUUUAGAUGGGUGUGAUAAGCGGUCCACCACAGAAAAAAAUAAGAUAAAAAAGAGCAAUAAUAAUGGACAAUACGUGA